CGCGGGUGGUCCAUCUGGAGACCCCGGCGAGGCGGGGAGACGCGCCGAGCCCCGGUGGUCGGCGGGGCGCCCGCGGGAGGCGGCGCGGCCGUCGGCGGGAAUCAGGCAGGGCGAGGGGCAGCUCUGCCGCCGCGCCGGCCGCCGCCGCCGUUUGAAAGCAGCAGUUGAGCGCCUGGGCGGCCGCGGGUGCCGGGGUCGCCUGGGGCUUCCGCGCCGGCCGGGGGUCUGACGCGGCGUCGCGCCCCCCACCCCCCCGCCCCCCGGGAGCCGCGCGCGGCGAGCGGCCGUGACUAACGUUCCAGGCCUCCCGGGGCGCGCGGCCCUUGGCGGGAGGGGCGGGAGGCGCGCCUGCAGCGGGGCGAGUCGGCGGCGCCACCAUGGCGCUGCCUCCGGAGAAAGCCACGGAGCUGAAGCAGCUCAUCCACCAGCAGCUGAGCAAGAUGGAUGUGCAUGGAAGAAUAAGAGAAAUCCUUGCUGAGACAAUACGGGAAGAAUUGGCACCUAAUCAACAACAUUUAUCGACAGAAGAUUUAAUCAAGGCCCUUAGACGGCGAGGAAUCAUUGAUGAUGUGAUGAAGGAACUUAAUUUUGUUACUCCUUUACAGGAGAAUGCUGAUCAAGAAAUCCCUUCCUCUCCGAAACAACCUGUUUGCUUUCCUGAUGGACAAUCAACACUAUUAAAAAAAACUAAUAUUGAUCCAACUCGGAGGUAUCUUUACCUUCAGGUUUUGGGUGGAAAAGCUUUCUUGGAACAUCUGCAAGAACCUGAGCCUUUACCAGGACAAAUUUGUUCGACCUUUACUUUAUGUUUACAUUUUCGAAACCAACGUUUUCGUUCUAAACCUGUUCCGUGUGCCUGUGAACCAGAUUUUCAUGAUGGCUUUUUACUUGAAGUACACAGAGAAAGCUUAGGUGAUGGAACUAGAAUGGCUGAUUCAACAACAAUGUUAUCAAUAAGUGAUCCAAUUCACAUGGUGCUAAUCAAAACAGAUAUAUUUGGUGAGACUACUCUAGUGGCAUCCUAUUUUCUUGAAUGGCGAUCAGUUUUGGGCUCAGAAAAUGGAAUGACCAAUCUGACUGUGGAACUUAUGGGUGUAGGUACAGAAUCAAAAGUUUCUGUGGGAAUUUUAAGUAUAAAACUUGAGAUGUACCCAGCACUCAAUCAGACAUUAUCUCAAGAAGUGGUGAAUACACAGCUUGCUUUGGAACGCCAGAAAACUGCAGAGAAAGAGCGAUUAUUUCUUGUAUAUGCUAAGCAGUGGUGGAGAGAAUAUUUGCAAAUUCGACCCUCACACAACUCACGGCUGGUUAAGAUUUUUGCACAGGAUGAAAAUGGAAUUAAUAGACCAGUCUGUUCCUAUAUUAAACCACUUCGCGCUGGCCGGCUACUGGAUACUCCAAGGCAGGCAGCAAGAUUCGUCAAUGUGCUGGGUUAUGAAAGAGCCCCUGUGAUUGGAGGAGGAGGUAAACAGGAGCAGUGGUGCACUCUGCUGGCCUUUCUCUGUAGGAACAAGGGUGACUGUGAAGAUCAUGCUAAUCUCUUGUGUAGCCUUCUUCUGGGCUAUGGACUGGAAGCCUUUGUCUGCGUUGGGACUAAAGCAAAAGGAGUACCUCACGCCUGGGUUAUGACUUGUGGGACUGAUGGAACCAUCACUUUUUGGGAGAGUUUGACAGGACAUAGGUAUAUCCACAAAUGUGUUAAUCCUGAUGAACCUCCAGUUGCUGACCAGCCCAAACCAUUGUACCCAUAUCGAACAAUCGGUUGUGUUUUCAACCAUCAGAUGUUCCUGGGAAAUUGUCAGCCCUCUGAUUCAGUAGACAUCUGUGUAUUUGAUUUGAACGAUGAAUCCAAGUGGAAACCCAUGAGUGAAGAAGCAAUUAAAUCAGUAUGUGCUCCAGGAGCUACAACAGCCCUUCCUCCCUUUCCUCCUCUCUGCGCAUCCACAAUUGAUGCUUCAGUGACAAGUAAUGAAAUCGAAAUGCAGCUAAGACUACUAGUGUCAGAACAUAGGAAGGAUCUUGGCCUCACUACUGUUUGGGAAGACCAGCUUUCUUAUCUUUUGUCACCAGCUUUGGCUUCUUAUGAAUUUGAGCGAACAACAAGUAUAUCUGCAGGCAAUGAAGAAUUUCAAGAUGCCAUAAGAAGGGCUGUGCCUGAUGGUCACACAUUUAAAGGAUUCCCGAUACAUUUUGUAUAUAGAAACGCAAGGCGUGCAUUUGCCACAUGUCUUCGGUCUCCUUUCUGUGAAGAAAUAAUCUGUUGCCGCGGAGACCAAGUACGUCUGGCUGUUCGUGUCAGAGUGUUUACUUACCCUGAAUCUGCAUGUGCUGUUUGGAUCAUGUUUGCUUGUAAAUAUCGCUCCGUAUUAUAGAACUAGUAUUUUCAUUAGAAAUUUAACCUGUUUGUUAGAAUUUUACGCUUGUACAUUACUGUUAGAGUUCUUAUUUUCAAAACAAUCUGAAUUGGAUGUCAUAUCAAUUUUGUAUAUACCUAAUAAUGUUUAAAAAUAUGAUGUGUGUAUUUAAAUUAAGGAUGAAAAACUUGUAUAAACCUGAGUGUCAUUUAGUAUAAAUUAAGUGUAUAUUAUAUUUUAAUAAAUUCUACUUUGUUUACAGAUAUUCAGUAGUUUAAAUACAAAUACAGUAUAUACUCAGUUUUUAAAUUAAUCUAAUUAGGAUAUUAAAGAACUUGAAUCAUUAAAAUUAUUGUGAUCAUUAUUUUUCAUAGGUUAACAAGAUUAUUUUAUAUAAAUUAGAGGAACUUGACUUUUCAAAAGAUUUAUUUAUAUAUAAAAAUACAUUUUUAGGGGCUGAGUGAUAAUAUAGUGGGUAGGAUGUUUGCCUUGCAUGUGGCUUACCUGGGUUUGAUUCCCGGCAUCUCAUGGCCCUCUGAUCAAUGCCAGGAGUAAUUAUUCAGUGCAGAGCUGGAAUAACCCCUGAGCAUCGAUAAGUGUGGCCCAAAAAAUCAAACAAAUAAAAAUAAACAUUUUGAUGAAUUACCACUUUUGUGGUUAUCAGUGGUCAUAGGAAUAUUUGUGAUUUUUAUUUUAUAGAUUGAUGGGAAGACUGUUACAAAAUAGGGAUAAUUACCAGAAAAGCACAAUACUAAUAAUAAAGCAAGCCACUAUAAGAGAACAUGAAUAGUUUAUAAAUAUGUUUUUUGCAUGAAUUGGGUGGUUUGAAAAAAAUUUUAUUAGACACCUCUGUUAUGUUACUGAUAAAAAUAUUUUCCAUAAUUACCAUUGGAAGUCUGCUGAUUUUCUGUGGUCAAAGACUUCUUUAUUAGCCUCUUCAUGGAUUCCAUCUUUUGAAAUCACAUUUUUUUCAUUGUGAUAAAAAAUAAUCAAAAAUAAUCAAAUCAUAGAAUCAUUGUGUGGGACUACUAAAUAAGCUUUUCUGAAUAUCUUGAUGCUUUUAUAUUUUAAAAUUGAAUUAGCUUAUUUAUAUUUUAAAAUUGAAUUAGCUUUAAAAAUAAGGAUGAAAAAGCCUAUAGAAAUUUGUGCUUUUCUUAAGAAACUUCAUAUUAAGUAAUAAAGGUUGGAUUGUUUCUU